GCAACUGAAGCUAAAAAAACAUCACAUUUGUCUGCUGUUUCUUCUGCUUUGCACUAGUCCCAUAUCGCGCAAAUUCUUUGUGUAUCUAUCUAGAUGGAGAAAGCUACCGUAAAGGCCAAGCAGAUCGUUGAAUCUAAUGGUGCCGUCGUUUUCAGCAAAACGUUCUGUCCUUACUGCGUUAGCGUCAAGAAGUUGUUGACAGACAUCGGGGCAACCUUUAAGGCCGUUGAAUUGAAUACUGAAGAUGAUGGAGCUGACAUACAAGCUGCAUUAGCUGCUUGGACUGGACAGAGGACUGUUCCAAAUGUGUUCAUUGGUGGGAAGCACAUUGGUGGAAAUGACACUACUCAGGACCUGCACAAGCAAGGAAAGCUCGUCCCUCUGCUUGUUGAAGCUGGAGCUAUUGCCAAAGUCACUGCCUAGAUGAGUGUCACUUUAGGGUUUAUAAAUAAAAACCAUGGUUAUUUUCAUUUGCUGUAUUUCGUGACUUGGAUCUUAUCUAUUAAUAAUAGUUUGCAACAUUAAUAAAUUGCAGUCA